CUCAUAGACUAAACACCCUGAGGAUGAACUCUGACUCCUGCCUUCGUCUCCGACUGAAAUCAAACUAACACUGAACAAGGAGAACAGAGAGAGAACUGAGCAACUAGACACUGAAACACAGACUGCUGCAGGAGGAAAAACAAGACAAUCAAAGUCAAACUUCACUCUGAGACAAAAUGGCUUCCAGAUCAGACGAUGAUCUCUGCUGUCCGGUCUGUCUGGAAAUAUUUAAGGAUCCGGUUCUUCUGUCAUGUAGCCACAGCUUCUGUAAGGAGUGUCUGCAGAAAUAUUGGAGAGAGAAACCAGGAAGAGAGUGUCCAGUUUGUAAAAGGAGAUCUUCUAAAGAUAUUCCACCUCUUCUUAAUCUGGCUCUGAAGAAUCUCUGUGAGUCUUUCUUACAGCAGAGAGAGCAGAGAGCUUCAGAGGAUCUCUGCUCUCUGCACUCUGAGAAACUCAAACUCUUCUGUCUGGACCAUCAGCAGCCAGUUUGUCUCGUCUGCAGUCAUUCAGAUUUACACAAAAACCAUAAAUUCAAACCCAUUGAUGAAGCUGCUCAGCAACACAAGAAGAACCUUCAGGAAACUCUGGAGCCUUUAAAGAAGAAGCUGGAGCUCAGGAAGAAAGUUCAGGAGGAGUUUGAUCAGACAGCAGAACACCUGAAGGUCCAGGCCCGACACACAGAGAGGCAGAUUAUGGAGCAGUUUAAGCAGCUUCAUCAGUUUCUAGCAGAGGAAGAGGAGGCCAGGCUGGCUGCACUGAGGGAGGAAGAGGAGCAGAAGAGAGGGAUGAUGAAGGAGAAGAUGGAGGCUCUGAGCAGAGAGAUAGCAGCUCUUUCAGACACAGUCAGAGCCACAGAGGAGGAGCUGAGAGCUGAAGACGUCUCAUUCCUGCACAACUAUAAGGCUGCAGUGGAAAGAGUCCAGCGCUGCCCCCUGCUGGAGGAUCCACAGCUGCCCUCAGGAGCUCUGAUAGACCAGGCCAAACAUCUGGGCAACCUGGCCUUCAACAUCUGGAGCAACAUGGAGAACAUGGUGACCUACACUCCUCUGGUUCUGGACCCAAACACGGCUGGUCCAAAACUCCAUCUGUCUGAAGAUCUGACCAAUGGGAGGAAAGGAGAGAAACAGCAACUUCCUGAUAAUCCAGAGAGAUUUGAUAUUAACUGGUGUUCUGUUCUGAGUUCUGAUGGUUUUAACUCAGGGAACCACAGCUGGGAUGUUGAUGUUGGAGACAGUAAAUACUGGAGACUUGGUGUUUUAGAAGAGUCUGUUCAGAGGAAGGGAGGCAUAAAGUCUGGAUUGUUGGUUAUAUAUUUCUAUUCAGGUAAUUACUAUGCAGAUUCUCCAUCAGCUCCUCUCACUCGUCUCUCAGUCCAGAAGAAACUCCAGAGGAUCAGAGUGAAUCUGGACUGGGACAGAGGAAAGCUGUCCUUCUCUCAUCUGGAUACUAACACACACAUACACACCUUCACACACACCUUCACUCACAAGAUGCUUCCACUCUUCCACACUGAUAAAACAUUAAAGAUCGUACCGAUGACGAUCUCAGUGAUCAAGCAGCAGCUCUGAUGAUCUCAGCAUGAAGAUCACAAAGUCGAAAUAAAAACUUAUUGAUCAGAUUGAAACUGUGAGUUUUAAAGAGGAAACUGGAGAUGAUCUGAUCAUCUGGAGAUUCUUCAUCUCUGACUUUCCAACUAUUGUUUCCAUUCUAGCAGAAAUUAAUGUCAAUAUGUUGAAUUGAAUGCUGUCUAUUUGUAGCUGCUUAGUGAUAAAACUGAACUACUGAAUGAAUCUGAAAUGACCUUUUCAGUUACUUCUAAGUUUUUAUUUGUGUUGCUUUGACUAUUUCCCUGAUCAAUGCUGUGUUUAAACUUUCUAUCAUCACUUUUAUUAUUCAGUAAAUACCAGAAAAUACUGUGAUAAUAAUCUAAGUCCAUGUUGUCCAUCGUUAAUAACAGGAGAUUUUAAUCUGGUCUAGAGACUUUCUGUUCAGUCUGCCUCUCAGAGUAUAGCAUGUACCUGCAUGCCCACCAUGUAUCUGUAAGUGCCUGGAGCUCCCUGGGCUGUUCUGCUGGAUACAACUCUUUCUGUACAGCAAGCCACCUCAGAUGAACAUUAGAGCCACACAAAGUUAUGCAGCUGCUGUGCAAAAAAGUCAACAACCUCAAGGACUGCUUUGGUAGCAUCAACAAGAACUAAAUUCAAGCAACAUGCAUUACAAUGAACGUAAAAGGCAGUCUGGCUUUGCUUUGAAUUCUGAGAAACACCGGAAAGCUUCCCACUCAUGACAUCAUCAUAACCUCGUCCCACAAGGUUAUUUCUGUAGUCCAGACUACAUGUUCGUCUGUAGUCCAGACCAAGUUCCUCAAGACAGUUAAUGACCAUUGCACUAAGUCCUGCUGCAUUAAGGCUUUCAGCUGCCUGGAAACAUAGGAAGCUUUCAUGGAAGACACCAUUGUAAUGAUAUUUACAACCACGGACAUUUGUUCCUAUUUUGUUUGGAAUAACAAAAUAGGAAUGUUAUUGUUUUGUCUGCAAUAACACUGAAUACUUCACAUUUCUUUACUUCCUUUAUGAAUCAGUCUGUAUCAUCUCUGCUAAGCCCUGAAGAAUGUCAUUUUGGAUUUGAUG